GCUAACUUAACGCGCAGAUUCAUAGCGCCAUGUCUCCGAAAGUAAAGUGGCGGCUAGCGAUAACGGCUAUUAUACUUAGUGUGAUUGUAAUAUUGUACCUCAUUUUGUCCCGUAUCCCAACCUAUAUUUACUUUUUUGUUAUUAGCGCUUGUGCCGUUGUUUGUUAUUACAAGCCGAUAGACGUACCCUUUCUCUCUAGAUUAGGCCUAAACCCGCGCCAUGGUUUGACAAUUCCAGCGGCUUUUCUGAACUGGUUGCCCGGGUGGAGCAUUCGCGGAGAGUCGACAAACAGGCGAAGAAACAGAACUCUCCCGCCUUCCAGUGCUGAGCCAAACAACGUGAGGCUUCCUGAAACUUCUAUCAAUUCCCCGGACUCUACUUUCAACUGCACGUUUUACCCGCGAUAUAAUCACAUGGAUCGAGAAUACAGUCCAUCGCGAUUUUAUGGCAAAACUACUUUAUCUUCAACGAAAAAGAGGUUGUCCUAUGGGAGUGCUAUGGAAAGCCCAACGCGGAUACUCUCACCCGGGCGACCUUUCCCCCUGUACCAAGCGAGCACAUCAUCCGUGGGGAUCCUACCACAGCCCUGGGACAACUUCUCUCCCAAGAGCAUCCUCAGGCCCCGGAACACCGUUGUGGCCCAGAAGACUGUCAGGAUAGCCAGACCAGACAGCCAUCCGAACAUGUCCGCAUUCUUUGACAGUUUAAAUGCGGGUGGCGCGGGCCCCUCCGAUGGCCUGGGGAGGCAGCCGGAGCCCUGCUCUAGAGAGAGCGUACUGAGCGUGCUCAGAGAGAGCCGCAAGAGAGAGGUGGACAAGGAGGACAAGAGGGAGAACAGUGAUGGACAAUACACCAAAAGAAGCCGCCAUGACAGCAGUGGGAGUGGCCACUCUGGACAGGACGCUCUGCUAGCCAAUGGAGCACCAUCCCUACAAGUACCAAAAGCGGGUCAGAAGAGGUGGCUGAACGGCGCCCUGGCAGAGGAGUCGGCCACCAAGAGGUCCCGCACCUCAUCCGUCAGCUCUGCCUCUGGAGGUCCCAGCACGGCCGGGGCCCGCAACGCCAUCAUGAGCUCCUACAGCUCCACACGCACUGCCUCCAAGCGCAAGGCAUCCAACAGCUCCAAUCAGUCUCCCUCAACAAGCCUGGGAUCCCCACGGCCUCAGACACCAGUCAGGGCAGCCAAAAAGCUCAGGGAUGAGGGUACCAGUUCACCAAGCCUUUCCCUCGGAAAGUCUGACAAGUCUGACGCAGAUUCUUCUUCAGCCUCAGAGAGCAAACCGGCUCCUGAAACUCCUAAAUCUGUGGCUGCUGCCGACGUAAAGGAUGCUGGAUCUCAACGCAGACGCAAGAUACCCCUCGUGUCCAAAAACAAAGACGGACAUAUACCACUGCCUCCUCCACCUGAGCUGGGCUACACCAUCACGGUAGAGGACUUGGACAGGGAGAGGAAAGCCACACUCUCCCAAAUUCAGAAGCUUCUGGAAGAACCUGAGCCAGAGAAGCCUGCUCCAGCUCCAGCUCCAGCUGCCCCUGCAGUCUCUGCCCCUUCCAGCUCCCUUCUCUCCCUCUUCUCCACCUCCACCACCACCCCAGCAGCCACAGCCCCUGCUCCCUCCACCACCUCCACCACUGCCCCCACCGCAGCCAGCGAAAGCACUCCAGCUCCAUCACUUAUCUCCACCUCCUCCUCCGCUCCCACACUUGCCCUGCCCACUCUUCCCUCCUCAGUGGCCCCUGACACUUCCUCCACCACCACCUCUACCCUUGGGGUCACCCCUGCGGCUCCUGCCCCUGCCACCUCCACUGCUGCGGCUGCCCCAGCUCCUGCUCUCUCGCUGGGGCUGCCCUCGUCCACACUGCUCCCCACGGCCACCUCCACCUCCGCAGCCAGCCAGCCCAACCCUCUGCUGGAGAGCCUGAAAGCCAUGAAGUCAUCUGCAUUCGGAGCUCCUACCCAGCUGGCUCCAGCUGCCUCGUCCACAGCUACAACACUGGCCCCCGCGGCUGCCAUCCUGGGCACGGGCACCCUGAAGACCGAGCUCACCUCCACAGCAGCCCCCCCCUCCUCCCUGGCCUCCUCCCUGGCAGCAGCAGCAGCAGCAGCCCCAUCCUCCUCCAUAGCAGCCCCGCGGCCCGCCCCCAACAUGAACUCCGCCUUCGCCCAGGUCCUGGCUCAGCCUCUGCAGCCCCCCUCCUCCUCUUCCUCCCCCUCCCCCCUAGCCGGAGCCACCCUGUUCGGCCUGGUCAAACCCACCGCCACCCUGGGCUCCGCGACGUUGACCCCACAGGCCAGCACGGCUGCCGCCUCGUCCUCAGCCUCCACGGCACCGGCAGCCGCCACCUCUGGCAUCGCCACCUUUGGCUCCACCGCGCUGCCCUCCUCGGGCUUCAAGCCCAUCUUCGGGGCGGUGGCCACGCCUGCGGCUUCUUCCUCCGCCGCCCCAGACAGCAAGCCGGCCGUGCCCACCUUCACAAACCUCUUCGGCGGCGGCACUAGCGCUGGCAAUGUAUUUGGUCAAGCAGCAGCAGCUACGACCGUGUCGUCCUCCGCUCCAGCCUCCACAACAGCAGCGCCGGCAGCAUCAGGAGGUAUCAGCCUGUUCGGAGGACUCGCCUCCAGCCAGUCUGCCGCCGCCCCCUCCUCCUCCUCCAGCGCUGCCGGCACCUUCACCUCCACGCCGGCCAAGUCCCUGUUUGGCGGCUUCGGAGCAGGAGCAGGAGCGGCGACGACGGCAGCGGGAGCAGCCACCUCCAACCCCCUCGCCAGCAGCACAUUCCAGUUUGGAGCCGCCUCCUCCACGACCGCCACUAGCACAGGGGGAGCUGCGGCCUCCGCCGCCCCCACAGCCACCUCCUCCAGCACGGCUAGCUUCCAGUUCGGAGGAGCCCAGCAGCAGCAGCCUUCUACCCAGGGAGGCUUCACUUUCGGUGGGCAGAGCUCGACGACGACGCCGGCUCCGGCGAACCCCUUCGGAGGUUUCGGCAUGGCGCCGGCAGCCUCCUCUGCGAACACGGCAGCUGCCACGGCUGCCUCCUCCGCCAGCACUACCACUACGGCGUCUCUGUUCGGGGGCGGCUUCACUAGCGGGUCACAGGCACAACCACCAUCUGCGGCGGCCGCCAAGCCCUUCACAUUUGGGGGUGCGGCACCUGCUGCGGCGGCACCAUCGGCCUCUGGCACGGCGUCUCCGUUUACAUUUGGGGGCGCGGGAGCCUCCGGCACGGCUGCCCCGGCUGCUGCUGCACCCACGUUCGGCUCCGGAGCCGCAGCCCCAGCAGCAGGGCAGUCGCUGUUUGGAUCCAGCACUGGAGGCACCACGUCGGGCUUCUCGUUUGGGGGUGCAGCGAACGCCGCCGCCCCAGCCCCAGCCGCCACCACCACUUCCUCUACUGCCGCCUCCUCCGGCCUCCCCAUGCCCACCUUCGGGAACCCCUCCUCCACACAGACUGCUGCUGCCAACCCCAGCUUUGCGUUCGGGGUGCAGCCCGCUGCCAACCCCAUGGCAUCCACCCCGGCGCCUGCCGCCAACUCGGGCAGCACGGGGGGCUUCAACUUUGGGUCGCCGGCCCAGACGCCCUCCUUCUCCUUUGGAAGCAGCGCGCCCAGCUUCCUCGCCACUUCAACGCCAUUCAACCCCCAGGCUGCGGGAGGCGCCAUGGCGUUCGGCUCGCCACAGCAAUCUCAAGCACAGGGCUUCAACGCACAGGGAGGCUCCCCCUUCGGCGCUCCGUCUCCAAUGGGCAGUUUCUCCAUCGGUGCGGGCUCCAAACCCUCGUCUGCCCGCCAGAGGCUGCAGGCUCGCCGGGUCAGGAAGAAAUAAAGGUCUCCUGGGCCUCCAGAGCCUCUUUCUCUCAGGAGCACAGCGCCCUCUUAUGGACUACUGCAGCUGCUGCAACUGCUUGGCAGCUUGCAGUA